CCAUAAAAAACUCUUUUACACCACCAAAACCCAUUAUUCAUUUCGCAAAAGCAAAAGAAAAAAAAAAACACUACCACAGGUUUAUCAAACUUUCCAUUCCACUUUCUCAGUCCCCAAACAAAAAAUGGCUGAAGAAAUCCAAUCUUGGCCAUUGAAUCCUUCCAGAUUAAACCACAGAAGCGACGAAGAGAAUCCCGUAUUCAACAACAUCCGAAAAGAAAGGAGCAACAAAUGUUUCGUCUAUGUUUUCACUGCUAUUGUUCUUCAAAGCAUCUUCAUACUAGUUUUUGCAUUGGUCGUGCUUCGUCCCAAAUCUCCCAGCGUCAAACUCAGGUCAGUCACUGUCAAAUCUCUAAGAUACACAACUUCUCCACUCCCUUCACUCAAUGCAACUUUGGUGGCCGAGAUUUCGAUAAAGAAUCCGAAUUUCGGAAGCUUUAAGUUCGAGAAUUCCGCCGUGAGUUUUCUAUACGAAGGUAAGCAAAUUAAUGGAAAGAAAACGGUGAAAGGGAAUGUCAGUGCUAGAGAAACGAAGAGGUUUAAUGUGAGUGUUGAAGUGAGAUCGAGCAGGUUGUCGGAGAAACAGAAUCUAGUAAAUGACUUGAAUUCUGGGAUUGUGAAACUCAGCAGCCUUGCCAGGAUUGUUGGUAAAGUUCAUUUGAUUAAGAUUUUAAAGACCAAAAAGACUAAGGAAAUGAAUUGCACCAUGUCAAUCAAUUUGAAAAACCGCACCAUAAAGGAUUUACUUUGCAACUAAUAGUUUGUUUGUUUGUUUUUUCUUUUUCUUUUUUUUUUUUUCAAAUAUAUAAAUUUCUUUCAAUUUUGAUUAUGUGCAGGAUUUAGAUUUUUGAUCAGUUUUGUAUUCUUUAAUUUGUUUUGAUCGUACAUUCUCUAUAAGAACCAUGUGAUGAUAUACGUGCUUUAAUGUCCAUCUA